CGCUGCUUUCUUUCCCUUUGCGCUAGGGCGCUGCGCUGAGCAUCCUUUGCAGCCGCCGCCGCCGCCGCCGCCUCCUCGCGCUGUCCUCUCCCCAGGUAGCUGCUGCUUCAUUCAUUGCCGCCGCCGCCUCCUUGCUCUUCUUUUCAUCCCUCGGGAGGGGCGCGGAGAGCGGGGCAGCAGCAGCAGCUUCUCCUUCUCCUUCCAGGGACCCCCCCGCCCGCAAGCCCACACUUGAAGCCUCGCCUCCCCGCCACCCCCCUCCCCCCGGCUUCCUCACCAUGGCCAUCGAGAAGGAGAAGAAGACCUGCGGGCAGGUCAUGACGGAAUGGAAGGAAUUUAUCUGGAACCCGAGGACGCAUCAGUUUAUGGGGCGCACCGGCAGCAGCUGGGCUCUGAUCCUACUCUUCUACUUCGUCUUCUACGGCUUCCUCACCGCCCUCUUCACACUCACAAUGUGGGUAUUGCUGCAGACGGUAGAUCCACAUAUCCCCAAAUAUCAAGACCGCCUCGCCGUCCCAGGCAUGAUGAUCCGCCCCAAGACCGAGGCUUUGGAUAUCACCUACAAUGUGAACCGCACUGAAUCUUGGGAGAACUAUGUGACCAUGUUAAAUGCAUUUUUGGAGGCUUACAACAAUUCCCGGCAAGUGGCCACCAAUGAGCAAUGUCCUCCGGGGAAAUACCACGAGCAGAUGGACAACGGGGUGAAGAACUACCCCAAGACGGCGUGCCAGUUCAACCGCACCAUGCUGGGGAACUGCUCCGGCAUCAACGACAUCAGCUACGGCUACCGGGAGGGGCGCCCCUGCAUCCUUGUCAAAAUGAACCGGGUCAUCAACUUCUAUGCAGGAGCCAACCAGACCAUGAACAUCACUUGCACGGCGAAGAAAGAGGAAGAUGCCCUGAAGCUGGGGGACUUGGCAAUGUACCCAGCCAAUGGGAACAUUGACUUGAUGUACUUCCCUUACUAUGGCAAAAAGGUCCAUGUAAACUACACACAGCCUGUCGUGGCAGUCAAGUUCCUCAACCCUCAGCCCAACUUUGACCACAACGUGGAGUGCAAGAUCAAUGCUGUCAACAUUAACACAAACGACGAACGGGACAAGUUUGCAGGGCGCGUGGCUUUCAAGAUCCGGAUCGACACCGACUGAAUCUUUCUCUCGGUCCCUCCUCCAUCCCCUCGCACCCCAAACCCUCAAAGUGAAUAUUUCCUGAGAGGCUCUGUUUGCUGCCUGGACAGAGUCUGGAAUGAUUGGUGCAUAAUAUUGAAGUGGGGUGGGGGGGUUGAUGGUGGGGGGGGGGGGCUCUCUUGACUGCUGCUCACCCUAGGGUCACUAACCAUUGCUGUUAGACAAUCCCAGCUCCCUCUUCCCUAUAACUGAAGGCUUUGCUUCCACCCAUCCCUUCAUCUUCCCUGCCUUCUCUUUACCGCUCCCAAGAUCUGGAAUGCAACUUGGGCUCACUCUAACCACAUGACUUGCUUUCUCCCUUCCUGCCCCACAUAUGGUUUGUGGGGCGCUCAAAAGGCUGUAACCCCUCCCUUGAAAACCCCCUCCCCUGGAGAUUUCCUAAUAUAAUAAUAAAUGUAUAUAUAGAUAUUUUUAUAUAUAUAUUAAAAAUUAAGGUACUGCUGAAUCUUCUGUAUUUUCCUGCUCUCUCUACCAACCUUCCCAGGACUGUUCUGCCACCUCCUCUCCCUCUUACCUUUCCUACCAUUUUAGCUCCUGCUUCGAAACCUGUGGAAUAGCUUCUGUUACGGAGAUGUGGCUCCCUUGACACACUGGGUGGUCGGCCACCUUGUUUUCCUGGUGCCCGCAGGAAGCGGCAGACGUGCUUGGCUUAAAGAGUGUCGUGGUUAGCCGCACUGACGGUCAGAAGCCAUUUUGUCGUUGUCACCCAAAAAACUUGUGGUUGCCAUAAUGUGCAGAAGACUCCGUGAACAGGGGAAUAAAAGUGACUUGGUUUAGGUAGCAAGCAGCUACAAGGUUGACUGGAAUGCUGGCUAAGCAGCAAAAUGGUUGCCAUCGUUCGGCUAGAGAGUCAACAAAGCAAAAUGGCCACCAUUACUGGUCUUGAUUUGUUUACUGUGGAGUGUCAGAUACCUUGUUGCUUGGCCAGUCAUGUCCAUAACUGCUACAGAAUUCUGGCCUUUCAUGGUGGACAAACAGGCUUGGCCAUACUGGCUGUACAAUAAGGCCUGAAAUCACAAAAUGGCGCCAUUGGCCCUGAGGGCCCAAAAUGGCUGCCAUAGUUGAAGUCUUUUUAAAAUUCCUCAUCUGUGUGGCAAUAGGUUUGUCAUAUAUUUCUUGACUGUAGGCUGCAUUUUCAAAUGGGCAAAAGGUUUCUCUGUGAAUGGUGGCCAUUUUGAUUUCCUAGCAAAACAUACUGUCAUGGCAGCUGUGAAUGCAGUUUGUCAGUCUUAAUUGUCUUACCCCCUCCAUCCUUCUUUUCUAAAUAGGAUCUACUCUGACCUUGUUUGCUCUUUAGUGUACAGUUAUUUUAAUCUGUUAUAAUAAUAGUGGCACAUUGCACUAAGGUAAAUAUAUAUAAAGAAAUAAAACCACUGGUCCUGCCAUAGUUGAAGGGGGUGGGGAAUCUUGACUGAACCCAGUAAUGCCUCAUUAGCCACCUUAAUUAACUGGAAGAUUUUUGCUUCUCUCUACCCUCACCUGCCUGAUCUCCCCUUCCCAUUAAUAUAUGUUGAAGAAAGUGUGUUUUUAAAGAGAGCAAACUUAAUUUGGCAUUGGAGGUUUUUAAUUUUCCUUGCUUUUUUAUUUUUUAAUAAUUAAACUUCACCCCUUUACCUCUUAUGGCUGCAUCUUUGAGAGGUCACACACGUAUGGAUGGGAGACAUAACUUAAAUCCUUGGCUUUUUAACUUUUUUGGAAUUUUUUUCUUUGUUUUUAUUUGCAGAAUUAUUUAAUUGCCUGUAUCAGAUUUACUGUAAAAGAUGAGAAAUAAAACUUAAAAACCUG